AUGGUCAAUAUCAAUGUCUAACAGCAUCUACCUAAUAAAAUCUAAGUUUAGGCACCGAAUGGUUGGAUAGUUGUUCGCCUAAAGUAUCUGAAUGAUUGGAUCGCAUGAGUAUGCCUAUGUGAGACACUUGAACGACAAUGUUCACGCUUACCUCACCGGUCGUCUUGGUGGAAUGCGCUCUUCAAAAAGCAGGUUCAAAUCCCGGCCUUAUGUCCAGCCCUACCGCGAGGUGUCUGAUUGCAAGAACUUCAUUCUCGAGCACGCUCAAGAGGCCCUGGAAGGCGGCUAUAAUGCAAGGCGCUUGUUUCUAAACCAGCUCGACUGCUUGGCGCGGGAGACAUUGCCCAGCUCAUUGAAUGAUCCACCAUUCUUCGAAGAGCUUUGCUUGCUGCUCCUGAUACUGUUACGAGAUGACCAUCCAGCUAUCCGUGCCAUGUGCUUCCAUCUUCUACGCAUCUGCCUAUUCACCGAAAAGAAUCUCGUCUUCCUUCUCACAAAUCAUGUAGAUAUAUACACAGUGCGCGCACUGGAUCUACAAGUAGAAAAUGAUAUGGAGCGAGAGGAAGCUCUGCAACUUAUUUUGCAUAUAAUCCUGGUCUACCAAACUUCGCAUCUGAAACGACUUAUUAAAUUUUCGGCUGCGCAGCAGGAUGGAAAAAAGUAUGCGUUCCCAAAAUCUAUGAUGCAGCCUGUAAUUGCUGUAGCACUGCGGACCGUUUGCCCCGGUAGCAGCACCAAGGAUACAACCGUACAAGAUAAAACCGCAGUCGAGCCUGAGGAAGACAAACUAGCUUUUGGUUGCUUUGCUGUGUUUCUGGAGUUUUGUGUUUUGGAACCCGAACUUGUACUGGAUAUGGCUGGGACUGAUUGGAUGGUACGAAUACUCACGGGAGCAAGCGCAAUUAGUGAGCGGGUUACCGCUGUCGUUGCGCGGAUCUUGGUUGCAUGGCUUGAUCAACCAAAACUACGGGCGAAGGGACAACUGCAUCUUGUUCUUGAGCAAAUUUUCGCUCCUCUUAUCGAGUUUGGCUUCUUCCAGAAAAAUUUGUCCUCGACCGAAAUCGGCGAACGGAUUGUGGAUUCCGCCAUGAGCAACUUUGCGCACUCGUUCUUAUGCAUUCUUCGGUCGUGGCCGGGUCUUCUUUCAUGUGCCGCAAUCGGGCCGAAUUCUUCAGCAAUUGCAUCUUCCCCUUUGAGGCUAGUGGAGUAUUUGGGUUUGGGCACGGUGGAUGACUCCAACUUAUCGCGUAUUCGUGAUAUGAUUGUUACCAUUUGCUGUGAGCUAAUGAAUCUUCCAUAUGCCUGUAAAAAUUUCGGUGACUGGAACAGCGCCUUGGAGUACUAUGCUUCCAGGGCUGUCCCGGAUAAAUUUUGCGAUUCUCUCAAAGAUGACUUUGUGCUUGCUCAAGUUGACAUAUGCAUAGCUAACGAUAAGGACUGUGCUCGGCAUGUUGACUUGUUGGCUUCAUUUCGGUCAUUAGCUGCUAUGAUUCUCAUCAAUGCUGGGAUUGUUCAAUCUCUUGCGCGCUUGAUUGUAUCACAGCCGGACUCGAGUAGCGGAACUAAGGCAACAUUGUUCCUCGCAGAUGUCUUAAAGGCGACACCGGCUGUUAUGCCUUAUUGUUGGAGAGCGACGAUUUUAUCUAUGCCAACACUGGUACAGUCUGCCUGCGAAUCAUUGGCUCAAAGCAAAGCUGCUGCUGCUACACAUGGCUACUAUGAUCCAGAUGAAGUUGACCGCUUCACAUUCUUCCAUUCGGGAAACGCUGCAAUGAUUCUUCAUCGUUUCGACAUGCUUAAUAAAUGCUCGAUCACUAGUGCAGCUUUGGAACCUGCUGCUGAUUCUCACUAUUCGUUAUUUUUCUGUGCACCGAAGCCACUUACAUCCCCUAUCUCUAACUGUAACGAGUCUUCUACUCUGCUCUCGUUAGUGAUAGAAGCUACCAUUGGUGACAGCGGCGGAAUCAAUUGGGGUGCUGCAGCUCUACUGUUUAGUCGACUGCCUGACGAGUUGAAGAAAAAAGAGGAAACUGGUGGUGAAAUACUUACGUUGCCUGCAUUUGGAAAAAAACUCGAAGAGAAAAGCAGAGAAUUUGUAAGCUUACACUGUAUGGACAGAGUUGUCAGUCUGUUUGAGAAGAUGAUGAUGGCUUUGUCUCCUCGGAGUGGUCUUCAUCGAAGUUGGAACCAAGAUAGGUUCACGCUUGUGGUCGCUCGCAGUGCUAUAGUGACAGCAUUGGAAUUGUCCAGUAUUGAAGAGAAGUUUUUGCAAGUGCUUACAAAGUAUGCUAGCGAAUUCUCGGAUGCUUUACAAGAGUUGUCGACCGGUAAUGAUGUGUUUUCUGUGAAAAAUCUGGCCGACGGAGCCUCAAUGUAUUAUUUUUGCCUUAUUGGAGCUAUGAGCUAUCACCCGAACGGUGUCGUCCCUCUGGAGAAGUCCGGCGUUUUACAGAUUUUCCUGGACUUAAUGGUGCCAUCUACCUCUGCAGCAUACGUGAAAGUGAUUGUUUCAUGUCUUGACUAUGAGCAUGACUACUGCUACCUAUCAAAAGUUAUUCUUCAGAAAGCCCUGACAUCGACUUGUGAGACGGCUAGGAGAUGGUGCACGCGAUUUCUGUCGGCGUUAGCCUAUCGGAGACCGCCGAAUUUCGCCGAAUGGGGAAUUCGCCUUCUUUUGGGACAGCUGGGUGAUCAGUCGGUGAAAGUGGUUCGUCACGCGAUUCGGAUCUUGCAUAAAUGGCUACCGUUCUAUAAAGAUGCUGGACGUUGGUUGCGCACAGCGCAGCUGGACAGUUUCGGCGAAGCAGGUACUCUUCUGAAAGUGCAUAUCUAUGCGGAUGAGAGAUUGUGUGAGCAGGAUGAGGAGGAGACGCGAGAAGCUAUCAGGUUUUGGUUAGAGACGUUCGGAACGCGGUACGUUGAAGUGAUUGAUGAUGAAGUGAGGGAUGCUCUCCUGUCUAUUCGACGAACACUUAGUGGCACUUUCUCGAGAGCAAGUGCAGAAAGAUCUGAGCUUGUUAAUGUCCCUGCACCACCUCAUCUAUUCUCCGUGCUGUCUAGCCAUGAGUUUGGCAGAAACCUCCUCUGUGACAUGGGUGUAAUCGAAACUCUGCUGAAUAAUCUGAACGAUGAGCAAAACUGUUUGAAUGUCAAGGCAGCGGUUAUGGGAUUAGGACACAUAGGAAGUCAUAGUGAAGGUCUCAAGCUACUUCCUGCCGCUACUGUACCGCAAAUAAUUCGACUGGCUGAAGAAUCGCCUGUUCUCACGAUACGUGGCUAUGCUUUCUGGGCUCUGAAUCUGCUAAGCACAUCAGUACCUGGAGCCGUGGCGUUGGCGAGGUUGGGUUGGGAGAGCAACAUACACCGAGACGCACUUGAGCGAUUGAUAAAGAAGAACGAAGACGUUCCGCCACGGAGUUCAUCGCCAUUUCAAGCUCCUCAGAUCGUAGUGAGGUCUCCGCGUAGCCGAAGUAGCACUGAAGUACGGCCACUGACGCCUUCCCGACGUCGAUCGAGCAGUUCUGGUCUGUCAAGGUCAUCUGAAUCAUUGGCACGCGCACCAGUAGCCAUGCCCAAACUGCGUAAAACAAAGAGUUCUACGGCUUGGUUUGUAUAUACUGAACCGAGACGGAUAUCGCAUCGUGAAAGUGAAGACCUUCAACCUCGCUAUGAACGCGCAGUGACAGGCGAUUCAGUCUUUACUAGCGGCCUUGGUUCCCUGAGCGAAGGAUCGGCCGCAGAAGUUGUUGGACGACGGCCAACUGUGACAUUGGAUUGCAUGGUUGGUGAAUGGGAGUCGCGGCCAAGAACUUCGACUAUUGUCUAUUGUCUGAAUCAGGGACUAGUCGCAACGAAGACUAAUCUAGUUAUGCAGGGAACGGUAGCUGAUAUGGUCCGCAAUCCUCAUCAGUCUAAUCCCGCGAGGGAGAAGUGGAGGUUGGCGCCACUGAAAACCAGACGCAUUCUUGAAGUGAAUCGUAAUCUGGCGGAUCCGGCUAUUUAUGUUUAUAUGAGCAAGGAAGAGGAACUAGCUCUUUCUCGUUAUCGUCGUGAGCUACUAGCCGAUCCAUGGUUACAUGAUGAGUUACUCACUAGAGAAGUGGAGUCAGACUUGGUUGUUCGCACAGCACAUAAUCCUCCCAUCAUAGUGCUUCCAACGGAUAUCGAUGUCAUUUGCUCGAAUAUCUUUCCCUCAAGAUCGAGUGGCGCUGAUUUCCCUGGAAACCCAGUGUCAUUGGAAACUAAUGAUCAGCUGGAAGAUCGGGGUGCGCGAAGUGGACACAGUCGAAGCCAACGCAUUGACUCAAGGAUAACACAUUCAACCUAUCGCUGCUUUUAUUGCAGCUUGAAAGAAAAAGGCGAGUUUGUACUUCCUCACGAGGAUGUUGCACAUCUACGACAAGAAGUGCUCAAUCAAGUGGACAUGCUAGAAAUUCAACAAAUUACACCGGAGAAGAAGCUUUUGAUGCUUCGCAAAGCUCAUCCUUGGCUGUUCGAAUGGCCAUGCAAAAUCCCGCGCCUUUCUUCAGGAGAUCUUUUACAAUGCUUUGAGGCUGUGGCUUUGCAUGUGCUGCCCUUCUUCUUUGCGAUGCUUUGCCUGCACCAGAGACAAAAGAUGAUCAAGACGUCAUGGAAAAAGCAGGCGAUGCUGGGGCACGCCGGGUGA